AUGUCAAGACUGGUCGGUAAACACUUAAGUUGACCUGUGGAUUUUUCCGUCCCUUUGUCCUAGAUGUGACCCAGAUACCCACCAAGGCUGACGAUGAAAUUCUCCUCGAAGCUGCAACAGAUGGGUUCCUUAUCGAUCUUCCAGCACUCACAACCGAAUCACCCAAGAGGAACACGACACUUCCAGCUGUCCAGUCUUCGUCCACUGUUGCAGGAGAGAGUGACUUUGAGGGCAGUGCUUCUGGGGAGAGCAGUGAUCUGUUCCCCCAGUAUGCAACCACAACUCAGAGUGUUACACAUACUCAAUUCUUGACCUCCACUGUGUUUCUAAGAGGGGUUGAUCACUCCAGUUCAGAUUCAUCUGCUAUUCAAAGCACUCAAUCUAGCCUCACCUCUACACCCCUCCCAAAAGAAACCCAGUCAAGCACCACCACAGACCACCCUACUGCUUCUCAAACUACUCACCAUGCUGGCUCCACUUUUGCCCUCCUGGACUCUGGAUCAGGUUCUGGAGAUGGGCUGAUACCUGACGAAUACCCAACUAAGACCGCAAGUACGACUUCUACCACAAGCCCAGUAACCAAAACUUCUACAGAAAACUCAGUGACCAUCUCUUCUUCAACAACCACCAAGGCUGCUCCUUUAGGACAGGGUCGGGGAAGGAUUUCAAAUGGUAAAUCAGCAAAGAACACUGGAGAGGACUCGGAAAUUCGGAAUGCCACUUCUGUGGUUUCACAACCAAUCAAUAAUGUCUCAGGUAACUUGUGCCUGCACUUACCGUUAUGCCUCUACCUUUCGUAUUGUUUUUGUUAGUUACUUGUGGAAAAUGACUAACCCUUUGUCUUUCUUCUUUAGAUUCAGCGCCAAAAACAUCUGAAACCCACAAAGGACACAGCACACCAGGUAAGUCAAGAGUUAUACACUGACUACACUAGAAUUUCCUCUGACUAUUUAGACUAUUUACCCAAACUACUAGAAAGCACAUCAAAAUCAGAACAAGCGCUUUAUGAGGCGCACCUGUCCUCAAAUAUCUAUUCACAAACAUAAAGCUUUACUUCCAUGAGGCCACGGCUGAUGGUCUCCAGAUCCAUAAGGUCUAGCGGUGUGUGCAUCCACGCCACCGCCUCCACUACAUUAUCUGUGAAUGUGCGAGUUUUGGUAGCUAACUGAGCUGUAGUUAGUUUGAACAUUUAGCUCAGGCUGGUAGUUUCUGUGAAAGAUUUUGGUAAAUCCAAGCAGGCAUGACAUGAUUAAUGGGGAUAUCUGUCUGAAAGGUACAUAACCCAUAAUGUUUCGGUUAAUGUCAUUAACCUUGCUAGUCAGCACGAGAAAUAUACAGCAGUUGAACAAGUUAUUGAUUGUUUUCUUGCUGCCAGCCUCAAAUGCUGGUCUUUGAUUUAUCUUCCAUAAUGUCAUGAUGCUCUACUACCUGGAUAUAAACAAGCACAGGUGACAGAUUUUGAUCCAGGAAACUACGACAAAUGUGGUGCUAGCUCUGCUAAUGUUAGCCACACCAGUUUGACACUGUUUACACAGACUUCAUGAUGGCAUUUGUAAUCUUGUCAAAAGUUGUGCUUGAUUUGGACUUUUCUCAUAGUUUUUACUUCACAUAACAUUCCUCCGUAAUUCCAUUAAACUGAAUUCCAGGGUUGAACCUUUUUUUUUUAAGUUUGUCCCUUUUAGACAUCCCUGAUAAAAGCCAAUGAGUUGAAUCUCAUUUGGCCUUCCUCUUGAACUGCUUUCUUCUGUAGCUAAAUCACACUGAUACACAAACAAAAACUGAGAUUUUUUACUCACAAAAUUUUUACGAUCUAUAUAAUUUAACUCUGGUGUCAGACAAUUAAUCUUAAUAACCUUUCCUCUCUCCCCAGACUGGAUCAUCAUCGUUGGUUUUAUUGUUGGCGUUGCAGCACUGAUCAUGCUCUUGGCUGCCAUUGCUACAAGAGACAAGUAAGACUUUAAGAUAUGACAGUUAUUAAUUAUAACUAUUACAUCCAAGGAAUUAUAUUCUAAUGAUUCCUUCCUGUGCAGGUGGAAUAGACCAAAGACAGCUCACCUCGAGGACAAAACUAACUCUGCAAAUCAGCAGAAGGAACAGGAGAUGGAGACAUUCCUGCGCAACGAUCAGCCCAAGGAGAAUGGAAAGGCGUCAGAAUACACCGUCAUCCCCCUGGAUGAGCUUCCAGAUAAAUACUCAUCAGACUGA